UACCACCGACUGCUGGCCAAGUAUAAUACAUUGAAGAGUAGUUCCGUCAGUGACGUCCUGGUGAUACCGGACGCGUAUGAGCCCGUGGUAGACUCAUAUAAUCUCGUGCUGGUGGACGCACAUAGUCACAACUUCAAGGAUAACUAUCUGCACGGCACCGAGAGCGGCGGUGAGAAGGCCGCUGCAGUGCUCAAACAAGCGGUCACCGAGUACCUUAUAACGCAACAAUCUAGCAGAAAGGCGUGUCGCAUGAAGAUUUGUGUGUACGCCAACCUUAAGAAGCUGUCGGUCGAAGCCGCAAAUCAAUACGCUACCCGAAAUCGAUGCUUCGGAAAACCGGCCUUCCCACGUAGCCUUGGGGCGUUUGCUGCCGGCUUCUCUCGUGGUCAUGUUUCUGUCGACUGCGUUGAUGUAGCUGACGAUGAGGCUGUCGAGCGCAAGAUUUGUGGAUUGUUCGAGAUGCACAUCAAGGACCCUGCUUGCAACCAGAUUUUGUUUUGCGCGAGUGGCAGCGCACAGUAUAUGCGCACACUUAAGAAGCAUAUUUCGUUUGCCAAGAAGAUCACGCUUGUCCAGAGAGGCAGUGAAGAUACUAGUCUCACUAAUCUGGGUCUACGGAGUGUAACACUGCCGCAAAUCUUUGAGUCCUUCGGGGGGAACGAGGCCGACUCGAAUGAUUUGAAAGAAACACGCAACGGCUUCGAAGUGACCUCUAAAGCCACGGUCAGCUGGAUACAUAUGCCGCCCGCCCCAACAGUCUCUCUUCCUAGGAACAGUGCAUCUGAAAUCAUACUCAUCAACGCGUCUGGCGAUCGCAUCGAUAAGCACAUGGAUGCACCCACCAAGGCCCAGUGGAACGAGUAUAAUGCUUGCAUUACUACGAGAAGGCUAUGCGCUAUGUUCCACGUGGGCCACGGAUGUAGUCUUAGACUAUGUCGAUACGAUCAUGGCCAGAUUAGCGCCAACGAACGUCAUUGUCUCCGAUAUCGAAUGAGAGCACUUCCAUGCCGCAAUGCCGGAAGCUGUCGCGAUGCAUUCUGCAUGAGAGGUCACAUGUGUCACUACAAAGAGUGCAAGAAACGCAGAGUUUCAUAUUGCAAAAUGCCUUCUUCACACCAUGGGAUCGAUCCGAAUGUUAAGGAUUGGAUCACGCCGAAUGAGAAUUUCGGUGGU